AUGUCAUCAUUACCACCUUCAGAUGGAUUUAACCAUCAAGCCCAUCCUUCAGGACAGAGUCCUGAGACUGGUAAUCCUUCACGUCUUGCUCACUCUGUCUCUGCUUCAGGCUGCCCUGUUGAGCCCAGCGACCCAGACAGCAUUGAACCUAAAGCUCUGAAGGCUUUGAAGGCUUCAACUGAAUCCCAGGUAAUAACCUGUGAAAAGAAAGAACAUCUUCCUCUACAGGACCCUUCUGAUUGUGCUUCCUCAGCAGACCAGGGGCCAGCUACGCCUUUGCAGGAUGCACUCGAAGAAGCCAUUGUUGGAGCUAAUCUAGGGAAAUCUGCUGAAAGAAGCACCCAGGGCCUCACAGCUCAUCUCCACACCAGACAGGAAGUUCGUUUAUCUGUCACUAGGAUGGAAGAACCACAGAGGCUUAGAGAUGAAAAGGGUUGGCAUCCAGAACAUCAGGACCUGAGUCAAGCGAGUGGCCUUCAGCAGCAUGAAGAACCAAGGAGUGGACAGCAUGAGGUUACACAGCAGAAUGCUCCACAUGAGCGAGCACAUCUUUGUAACACAGGGGACCUUGAACUGCUUGGAGAAAGGCAACAGGAUCAACAAAGAAGUAUUGGUUCGGAAGCUACAAUGAAAGGAGACAGGCUAGAGCAGACUGUGGACCUUUCGGGUACAGAGAAAACUAUUCUACCUUCAGGAUGCCUUGGCUGCUCAAGUUCAGAAACACUUAUGGAAGUAGAUAUAGUUGAACAGUCCCUAGUUGCUGUGCUUAAUUCAGCAGGUGGUCAGAAUACCAGCGUCAAGAACAUCGGUGCAUCUGAUCUCACCUUAGAUAAUCCCUUGAUGGAAGUAGAAACAUCAAAAUGUAACCCUUCCUCUGAAAUUUUGAGUAGUUCCAUUUCCACUCAGGAUUUACAGCUUCCAGAAAGUAAUGUUGAAAUGUCUGGAACAAGUAAAGAAUACGGGAGUUGCCCCUCCUCUUUAGUAAGUCUCUGUGGCAGUUGUCAGCCAUCCAUAGAGUCCACAGAGGAAUCUUGCUCAUCUGUCACGGCAGCCUUAAAGGAACUUCAUGAACUUUUGGUCAUUAGUAGUAAACCAGCUUCAGAAAACACAUCGGAAGAAGUUAUCUGUCAAUCAGAGACAGUAACUGAGGGCCAAACAGGUAUUAAGGACCUUUCUGAGAGAUGGACCCAAAAUGAGCAUCUUACAGCUACCCAGAGUGAACACUGUUCACAGGCCCUUCAUCAGGCCACAUCUGUAACAGUGAAGACAGAAGAAUUAACAUACACUUCAACUGACGCUGGAGUAGAAGAUGAAGAAAAUAUUAACUUCAGGGGUCCAGGUGAUGGCGUAUUAACUGAUAGGGAAGGUGUCCGCAAGUCUAAGGAGUCAGUAAAUGAGAGCAGUUCUGUCACUAUAGCCUCAGCUGAAACGUCCAAUCAACUACAUUGCACCUUUGGUGCAGAAAUUUCACCCAGACUUUUAGCAGGUGAGGAGGAUGCACUCAAUCAGACUUCUGAGCAAACUGAGUCCUUGUCAUCCAGUUUCAUAUUGGUUAAAGAUUUGGGUCAGGGCACACAGAAUCCAGUGACAGACAGGCCUGAGACUAGAGAAAAUAUCUGUUCUGAAGCUGCAGGGCCACUUCUAGAAUUUUUACCACCUACCAGCCAGCCGUCAUCAAGUCCCUCCUUUCUUGCACCAUUACUUUUUCCUGCUGCGGACAUUGACCGGAUUCUCCGUGCCGGCUUUACUUUGCAGGAAGCUCUUGGGGCUUUGCAUCAAGUUGGUGGAAAUGCAGACCUUGCACUUCUUGUUUUGCUAGCAAAGAACGUUGUAGUUCCUACAUAA